AUGGCUGAGCCGAAUACACGAGGCAAAGAUACAGUUGAUAUGGCGAGGAGACAAGCUGCACAGAUUUGUGAUCAGUCAAACAAGUAUAGGAGUGGUGUGUCGAUGCUGUUAUGGCAACUGUGUGCACUGUUACGAAAACGUCUUGUGUGCACUUUGAGAUUAUGGUCACGACUGAUCCAUCAGUUGUUCAUACCAGUAUUGCUCUUAGCCGUUUUCGCGUACUUAUUGAAUAGACCGCCGAAAAGAGAUUAUGAUAAAGGUUUUCAUUGCUUCAUAUUCUGA